AGGAGAGACAGCGCAUGGCGGCCAUGUUGUGGGAUGCAAGUUAAACCAAGUGAGGGAGAGAGAGAGAGAGAAAAGGGGGGAGGAGGCGGGGAAGGAGGAGGAGGAGGAGGAGGAGGAGGCAUGAGCUCCAACUGCAGGGACUCCUCUCUUCUCCUCAGGCUGCCUUUUGUCAUGUAGCCCAGCCAUACCGGUUCCGGUUUAAAAGGGUUUUGUUUUUCAGUGCUCGGUCUCCAUUACUCCCUCUCUCCUCUGGCUUUGGACUGUGUAACAAAUAUCGAGUGACGUGACUGGAUUUGAUAAACCGCUCUCGGAUUUUCUUCUCCUCAAAAACUGAACACAACAAUCAGUUCCUCUCUCUCCUCUUUCUGUCCGGGCUGUUCGUGGGAAGCGUGGAAAAAAGGGAAUGGGACAGGCUGGGAUUUCCACUUUGUAGCUGCCAAACGACUUCUGAGUCUGUCCUGCACUUCUGUUACUGUUAGCUGAAGUUGUGGUGGUCGUAUGUAACCGCGGGAAAGGAAGACCUUAAACGCGUGAAGGCUUGACUAUGGGUUGUGUCAAGAGUAAAGAGGACAAGGGCCCGACGCUGAAGUAUCGGCCAGAGGCCUCCAAUCCCACCACCGUCCCCUCCCACAUGGGCCACUAUGGACCAGAUCCCACCCAGAUGGGCCAGUCACCUGCCCUCAAGGGCCCAAAUAACAGCUACAACAGCCACACCUCUGCUCUCACCCCGUUUGGUGGCUCCUCGUCCACCAUCACCCCAUUCGGUGGAGCAUCUUCCUCCUUCUCCACAGUUGCUGUGAGCAACCCCUUCCCUGGUGCUGUCACAGGAGGUGUGACAUUCUUUGUGGCCUUAUAUGAUUAUGAAGCCAGGACAUCAGAUGACCUCUCAUUCAAGAAAGGUGACCGGUUUCAGAUCAUCAACAACACAGAGGGAGACUGGUGGGAGGCCCGUUCCAUCAACACGGGGAAGAAGGGCUACAUUCCCAGCAAUUAUGUGGCCCCUGCCGACUCCAUCCAGGCUGAAGAAUGGUACUUUGGGAAAAUGGGGCGCAAAGAUGCAGAGCGACUGCUGCUGGUGCCCGGAAACCAGCGAGGCACUUUCUUGGUCAGAGAGAGCGAGACAACGAAAGGAGCCUACUCUCUCUCCAUACGGGACUGGGAUGACAUGAAGGGAGACAAUGUGAAACAUUACAAAAUCCGCAAGCUUGACAACGGAGGCUACUACAUCACCACCAGGGCCCAGUUUGAGACGCUGCAGAAACUGGUCAAACACUACACAGAGCAUGCAGAUGGACUGUGUUACAGGCUCACUACAGUGUGCCCAACGGUGAAGCCCCAGACUCAGGGCCUUGCUAAAGAUGCCUGGGAAAUACCCCGCGAAUCACUGCGCCUAGAGCUCAAACUGGGGCAGGGCUGCUUCGGGGAAGUCUGGAUGGGCACUUGGAAUGGUACUACUAAGGUGGCAAUUAAGACGCUGAAGCCUGGCACCAUGUCUCCUGAGGCUUUCCUACAGGAGGCUCAGAUCAUGAAGAAGCUCAGACACGACAAACUGGUGCCUCUCUAUGCUGUGGUAUCUGAGGAACCCAUCUACAUUGUCACAGAGUACAUGGGCAAAGGGAGUUUGCUGGACUUCCUGAAGGAAGGUGAUGGCAAAUACCUGAAGCUUCCUCAGCUGGUGGACAUGGCAGCACAGAUUGCUGAUGGUAUGGCCUUCAUCGAGAGAAUGAACUACAUCCAUAGAGACCUGCGGGCGGCUAACAUCCUGGUUGCGGAUAAUCUAGUCUGCAAGAUCGCUGACUUUGGCCUGGCCAGGCUAAUCGAAGAUAACGAGUACACUGCAAGACAAGGAGCCAAGUUCCCCAUCAAGUGGACGGCGCCUGAGGCUGCCCUGUACGGCCGCUUCACCAUCAAAUCUGACGUCUGGUCCUUCGGUAUCCUGCUGACCGAGCUGGUCACCAAGGGCAGAGUACCGUACCCAGGAAUGGUGAACAGAGAGGUCCUGGAGCAGGUGGAGAGGGGCUACAGGAUGCCGUGUCCUCAGGGCUGUCCCGAAUCCCUGCAUGACAUGAUGAUCAACUGCUGGAAGAAAGAGCCGGACGAGCGGCCCACCUUCGAGUACAUCCAGUCCUUCCUGGAGGACUACUUCACCGCCACUGAGCCGCAGUACCAGCCUGGAGACAACCUGUAGAGACCCGCACCCUCUACAGACCACGCUGGGUCACAACCACCACGGCCACGUCCCAAACCAGCGUGCCACCACCUCCCCUACACCCUCCCUACACACUUCUUCUCGAAGGGACUGUUGUUUUUUUUUUUGUUUUGUUUUAGUUAAUAUGCUUUUGCUGUUCACCAGUGUGUGGAAAGCACCAUCAGAACCUCUGACUUCAGUACCCUUGAGGACAAGUGUGUAGUGAAACUCAUCAGGGAAGUGUUGUGUGUCUGAUUGGAAGGGGACCGGGCCAUGCCCUCUCUCGCUCUCUUUCUUUCUCUCCACACUUUGAGAAGUGUGAGCUCUACAGAGAGAGGGAGCUGCAGAGAAAAGCAAUGAGCUUAGUGCUGAUGGCUGGUUCACAGUUGCACAAGUCUGUUUUUUUUUUUGUUGUUUUUUUCUUUUCCUUUCACGCUCCUUUUUCUUUUUUUUCCAUUUGAUCCUCCAUCCUCUUUCUUAUAAACCUUCCCCCCUUCUUUUCUUCCUUUCUUCCCAGACACCAAGUCCUUUGACUGUUUUGAAAUCAAGAACUGAGUGUCUUUUGUUUUACAAUGUUAUUGUUGAUUUUCACAUUUCAGUUUCUCCUUUUUUCAGUAGUUUCAGUAGUUUGUUUAAAAAGUGACCAAUAACUGUGGUUGAAAAUUGACAGCAUUGCCUAAAACUGUCAGUUGUGCUGUCACUGAGAGACGAAGAGAGGAAGAGAGAGAGUGGAUAUUUGCUGUUGUGAAUGUAUGAGUGAAGUGUGCGCAGUGAGAGAAUGAGAUGGAGGAGAAAAGAGUUUUGUAAGUUAAACAUGUGGGGAAAGAGACAUGGAUAAGAUUUAUGUCAAUGUCAGUAAUCAAAGUCAUGAUGUAAUGAUUUCUUUGGUUUUCUUUUAAUCUGUUAAAGAAAUUAUGACUUGACACAUCAUGGGUGAUUAUUCAUUCGUGUGAGCUCCAUCUAGUGCUAGCCCGAGUGUUUGUAUAGUGCUCUGAAGAUGCACUAAGACAACGAUGCCAUUGUUGUUUCAGCCCAUUCUGCCAAUUCGGGGGAAGCCUAUUUAUAAUCUCUGCACAUGAUUUGCUUUCCAAAAUUGUUCAACAAAGAGCCUGCAUUCUUCAGAGCCUCAACCUCAAGGGAUUUGAGAUGCUACAGCUUUUUAAAGCUUAAACCAUUAUAUCACUUAUGUCCACAUUUCAAAUAAUGGAGAUUAAGCCUAGGGCAGCCAGUCUGGAUUAUCCAGUGGAAAUCAGUCUUCAACUAGGCUUAGUUUGUGUUGGGUCCAACACUAAAUGUACUAGCUUUAUCAUGCGUACAUAUCAGCUCUGAUCUGUUGUGUUGCUCACCCAAACAUAUGAAAUGUUAGCUGUUCAAGGAGAAAUACUGUCCCUACAUUUCACAUUAGAAAGGAACCACUGAGAUGUUUGUAAACAACCAAAAUACUCUGCUUUGUCACUUUCCCAACAUCUUGAAGCUACAGCAUGUCUCUGGAACUCUGUCGCCCUCUGUGGUUUGCAGUUGGCAUAACCAGAGUUUCUGUUGGACCCCCUUUAGUCUUGCGCACUGCAGAUGGGCUUACUUACCGAAGCUUUGGCCGAACAGCUGAUCCCAAGCCUACAGUUCCAAAAUAUGCCUCACAGGAGCAAAAGAGCUUUAAAAUGUUUAUUGUUCAUCAUUCACAUCAUCCUUUGAUGUCCUCCGUUCACACUGUAAAUUAAAUGGAUUUGAAUGGAUAUAAAUUUACAAACAGUGAUUUUAGUAGAUGUUUAAAACAGACAAGAUAAUAGUAGUAUAUUAACAGUCCAUAACAGUCCUUACCUCAAUAACAGGUUUUAUACAGUGCGCUACAAGUGCUGUGUGUGGUCGUAAGAUGUCAGCAGUUGUAUAGUUGGUCCAAGUCGAGUCCGAAUGCACUUGAUGUGAGUGGAACACUAACGUCGUGUGAAAGUAAAGCCGCAGUUGAGCUCAUUCUAGUUUGUUCAAAUCCUCCUUUGGUGUGUAGAGAAGCCUCGGCUUUUGUCCUCAUCUAUUGUGAUUCUUUUGUCCUGGGGUCGAGUUUUCCUCUUUGUUAUGAGAAUGAACACCAAGCAAUCCCUUUUUCACACCACCGCCUUCCCCCCUCUUUGUUUUUUGCAGAAAGCCGUGGGGUAUUUAAAAGGGCUAUGGACAAGUUUGUGAUAAAUCUUUUUUUUUUUUUUCGUGGGGAUUUUUAAAGAAGAGAAGCGGGACGGGGUGCAGGGCAGGGUCUCAGCUGCAGGGCUGGAACGCAGUGAGUGUGGAGGAGGUGUGUGUACCGACGUGUUGGCAACAAAUUACUAAUCUGAAGAAUUUGUACAGUAAAAAAAUAAAGUUUUACGUAAUGCUUUUCA